UGUGUCAGAGGGAAGUAGUGUUCGUGGUGUUGUCGAAGAAGGUGCGUUGCGGAGCUCUGUGGAAUGUGUAAGGCUUAGGUGGUCAAGACAGCCCCUAUGUUCGGAAAUUCUACUGAAUCUUUGAAUCUCAUUUCUAAUGAUGAUCGUGCAUGAGACGGAUUGAUAUCAAAAGGAAAAAUAUCGAAUGCCAAACUCCUUUCAAGUCAGCCUUGACACUUAGUAGUAUAAAGUAGGGUUUGCUACAUUUUGACAGAAAGAAGUCGGCGGUCAGAGAGGAAAUAAAUCAGUCCGUAUACGAUUUGCCCUCAGUAAAUAUAAUACAUUUAAUUUAUGUGGGAUUUAGUAAUAAACCGUUCAUCAAAAAGUUCGCCCAUUUAAGGAAAACUUUAAGUUGAAAAGAAAAGCAAAGAAAAAGAGGAAGGCACCUGUGCUAUUCCACAUUGCCUGGCGUCUCAUUGAAACGACAAUAAACAAAGGUAACAAAAGCGGCAUUGACAGUUUCUUGUUGAGUUUUCCUUUGGUUUUUGGCGCUCGGUGUGAUGAUGAGGUAGAGUGAGUACGAAUCGGAGAGGUCCCUAGUCGACUAUUUCCUCAAAAGAGCUAUUUAAGGAAACUCCAUUUCGUCUCUCUCCAGACUUGAAGAUUGACAUCGGAACGGCUGUCAUCGGGAGCCUCACAUUCCCUUAGAUUGGUUCCUUGCAACGAUAUACACAUCUUGAUCAUGUGCCUGACGUCGAAAUCAGGGGAAGACGUGUUUUAUAAAUCUUACGACCUGUGAACCUCAGCACUGUACUCGCCCCGAACCGCAACUUUCCGAUAAAUGAGACGGAAUUUCUGAAGCCAAAACGAUAGAUAUAUUCAUAUAUACCUGUUUAAUCUAUAGGACAAUUCAUGACUCCCUUCUCUCGGACGAUGGAUGUUCCAAUUCUCAGUGACGAGUCAUUGGCACAUAUCUGAUAGUUCAGCAGCACAUCGAUGGACGGUGAAAUGACGCCGAGUUGUGAGAAGAGCCUUGGAAAGAAAAGAGGUGUCAUGGGAGAAGAAUAGUUUUAGAAUAUUGCCCCUGAAGAAAUUGAGAGUCUCUCACGAGAUAACCUUGAGAGGAGAUAGACUGGCAUGCAAGAGCGACUCUGGUCGUGACCCUUUCUGCUCAAGAAAUUAUGGGACGUGGAGUGGCUCUUGUCUGCCUGAAAAGUCAGGCUUAGUUCUCUUCCUGAUUCUUCUCUCAGUUAUGCCUUCGAUGGCCAAAGGCCCAGACGGUACCCAUUUCAAUCGAGUGGUCGGCCAAGGAGGGGAAGUCCUCGCUGGGGACAACAUAUUUCGACAGAAAAACCACAGCGAUGUCACUGCCCAGGCCGGAGCCACUGCAGCCCUUCCGUGUCGCUUGUCGUCAUCCUUGGCCGAUGGAAUGGUGUCAUGGGUCAGACGUCGAGACUACCACCUCCUAACUGUCGGGAGACAGGUCUAUUCUUCUGACGCCCGCGUGGGCGUGAAAGUCUCUCCAGACGGGUGUGACUGGACAUUGACGGUGCGAUGGGUGGCCACUCAUGACGCCGGACUCUAUGAGUGCCAGGUGUCAUCACACCCGCCUCAGGCACUCAUGAUCAACCUCAGCGUCGUUGAGGCACACGCUGAGAUCAUCGGAGGGACAGAGCGCUUCAUCCAUAGCGGCUCUUCCCUCAUGCUGGUUUGUCUUCUCAAAGGAGCCACAGAGCCACCGACCUUCGUCUUUUGGUACAGAGGAGAUCGCAUGAUCAAUUACGAUAAGGAGCGAGGCGUUACAGUGGAAAACACGAAAAAAUUCUCUAAGCUUUAUGUCGCUUCUGUGUCCCGGGAGGAUGAAGGUAACUACACGUGCUUCCCCUCAAAUGCUUCUCCUGCAUCCGUUUUGGUGACCGUCGUCCAGAGGGAGAAUCCAGCUGGCCUUCAACAAGAGACAAAUACGGAGAAGGAAGUCUCAUCAGCCUCUGCAUCAUCAUCAUCUUCAUCGUCUUCAUCAUCCUCAUCAUCAUCAUCAUCAUCAUCAUCAUCGUCAUCAUCGUCAUCAUCACCAGCAUCCUCUUCUGCCACAAACAACAACAGCAACAGCAACAGCAAGAAGAACGGGGCAACGAGAGCCACUGCAGCGGCUCCUGCAGUGUUGCUUGGAGCUUUCAUGAAGGUCCUGUCGUUGUGGCUCAUCAAUGGUCUCUCAUAUACGAGAUGAUGGAUCCUAGUGCAGCCAUCUCUUGAUUUGGAUGCCAAAUAAUUUACUUAUAUAACCUAUGUGUGUAUAUGUAGUGAGGAAACAACCAAUAUAUACAUUCAUGUUGAGCAUUUAUUUGUCUUCUGUGUGUUAACUAUUGUGUGAAUGUAUAUUUACAUGGAAGAAGAAUAUAGUUCAGUUUGAACGUUUCUUAUCGAAGACGAAGUCACUCCAAUAAAAGUUCAAGUGAUAGAAUAUACAGUAUGUUUUUGUUUCAAUGUACAUUUUGAAUUAAAAGUGUUCAUGCACACCUGAAGUCAUUGUAUAAAUUAUGAUGUAAAUAAAUGCACAAAAGAAAUCUUAUAAAAUAAA